AUGAAGAUCGCGUCUAGAUGCCUAUCUCCUUUGCGCAGGCCAUCGUUUCCUAUACAAGUGCAAUCUGACCUUCAUCUUGAACUUGGUCAUCAAUAUGCUACGUAUCGCUUCCCAGCCACUGCGCCAUUCCUCCUCCUAGCUGGUGACGUUGGAUGUCUAAAAGAUUAUGCUGCGUACAAGAACUUUCUUAGUGCGCAAGCGAGCCGGUUCGACAGAAUAUUCCUCGUCCUCGGUAACCACGAAUUCCACGGUUCAGAGUACCAAGACGCGAUUGCAACAGCCAAGAGCCUUUGUCAAGAACCUUGCCUUGACGACAAGGUCACUCUCCUGCAUAAAACUCGUUGGGAUGAUCCAGCAUCGGAAUUCACCAUCCUGGGCUGCACUCUUUGGUCGCGCGUCAUGGAGACAGCAACUGAGACUGCUCAGCGCCGAGUUUCAGACUUCAGCAGCAUUUCUCAUUGGACUGUUGAAAUGCACAAUCAAAGGCAUCAUGACGAAUCUAGCUGGCUAUUCGAGCAAGUCGAUAUUCUUAGGCAGCUGAACAGGAGGGUGUUAAUUGCAACCCAUCAUGCCCCCUUGCUAAGCAAUACCGCCUCGCCUCGCCAUCACGACAGCCCUAUUAAAUCUUGUUUCGGCACCGACCUGAUUGGCCAGCACAGUCUCCCCGGUGUUAAGACUUGGGUAUUUGGGCAUACGCACUACAACACAGAUUUCCAACAUACAGGGAUCCGGGUGCUCGCCAAUCAACGGGGCUACGUCUACCCCGAAAAACGUCAAGGGCGUGAACAGGGCGAGUGCCAAUUUGAUGCUGCCAAGUUUAUUCAGGCAUAG